AUGUCCUUCAGUAGUUCAUUCAGCAUGAUGGCUGCGGAUGCUGCGGAUGCUCUCUGCUGCAUCCUGCAUCCGCGCCGGCUCUCUCUUUUCUUCCUCACCGUCACCCUCUCCUCUCUGCCGGCCCCCACAGCAGCGCUGCUCGGUGUCCGGCCGGAGGACACCCAGAGCGGAGAGCUGUCCGUCCAGGAUGGGAUACUGAGGGCGAUCGAGGGGACACGCUUCAUACUGAGGGUUUACUACUCCACAUCCCCUGCUACGGAGCAUCCAAACAGCCUGAACAUCAGCGGCAGACCUGACGCUGCUCCUGCGGCUCCGUGGAUCGCGUUUAUAGAGGAAGCAGGGGAGGACAGUGGGGACACGGAGAAGCACAGGUCCACAGGGAAUCCGUGCGAGGACGAGGAUGCCCGGAGCUCGGAUAUCGAGCUGCUGGGCUCUUUCAGAUCCACAUCAAGUCACAACUCAGUGAUGGUGGAGCUGCUCGCUAAAGACCUGCGCAGAGGCGAGCUCAUCAAAUACUACUCCAUGUGCGCGUUUGAUGGAGUGAAAUGGGAACAUUUCAGCACCAAAGACUUCUGGUUGGCAGUGGCGGAGAGACCUCCAGAGGCAGAUGUUUGGCUCCAGGCGGGUGUUUCGGUGCUCUUGAUAGGACUGUCUGCGCUCUGUAGCGGGUUGAACAUCAGUAUGUUGGCUCUGGACCCCGUGGAGCUGCGUGUCCUCCAGAAUAGUGGCACAGAGAAGGAGCAGAAAUAUGCACGGAAGAUAGAGUCAGUGCGUAAACAUGGAAACUACAUCCUUUGCACCGUUGUACUGGGAAACGUGCUUACAAAUACAUGCUUUGUGGUGUGGAUGUGCCAGAUUUUAGGAUUGACAGCUCUCUCAACUGCCUCUUGCACUUUGGGAAUAUUCUUCUUUGGCGAGAUUUUACCUCACUCCCUCGCAUCAAGGCACAGUCUCGCCAUCGCCUCAAAGACCCUCUGUGCGACCCGCCUGCUGAUGCUGUUGUUUUUCCCCAUUGCAUAUCCAGUCUCUAAGAUCCUGGACAUCAUGCUGCACCAAGAGAUCAGCAACUUUUACACAAGGGAGAAGUUAGUGGCCAUGCUGCGCGUCACAGAUCCAUACCACGACUUGGUCAAAGAGGAGCUGAACAUCAUCCAAGGGGCCCUGGAGCUGAGGACCAAGACCGUAGAAGACGUGCUGACCCAACUCUCUGACUGCUACAUGCUUUCCUCGGAUGCCGUGCUGGACUUCUGCACCAUGUCGGACGUGAUGCAGAGUGGCUUCACCCGGAUCCCGGUCUAUGAGAAUGAGAGGUCCAACAUAGUGGACAUCCUCUUUGUGAAAGACUUGGCCUUCGUGGAUCCUGACGAUUGCACUCCCCUAAAAACAAUCACUCAGUUUUACAAGCAUCCCAUGCACAGCGUGUUCAAUGACACCAAGCUGGAUGUGAUGCUUGAGGAAUUUAAGAGAGGUAAGUCCCACCUGGCCGUGGUGCAGAGGGUGAACAGCGAAGGUGAAGGAGACCCCUUCUAUGAGGUGAUGGGCAUCGUCACCCUGGAAGACGUCAUAGAAGAGAUCAUCAAGUCUGAGAUUGUGGACGAGACAGACCUGUUUACUGAUAAUCGGACCAAAAGGAGAGUGUCGCACCAGGAGAGGAAACCACAGGAUUUCUCCAUCUUCAAACUGGCAGAAAAUGAGCUGAAGGUGAAGAUCUCACCCCAGCUUCUACUCGCCACACACCGCUUCUUGGCAACAGAAGUGGAGCCUUUUAGGCCGUGCCACCUGUCAGACAAGAUCUUGCUGCGUCUCAUCAAACAUCCCAGCAUUGUGCAGGAACUCAAGUUCAACCCCAAGAACAAACACGCCACUCAACACUACCUCUUCACGAGAAACAAACCUGUGGACUACUUUGUCCUCCUUCUGCAGGGACGGGUGGAGGUAGAAAUUGGAAAGGAGGCUCUUCGCUUUGAAAAUGGAGCUUUUUCACAUUAUGGCAUGCCAGCACUCAUCAUGCCCCUGCCUACUGGUCGGAGGUAUAGUUCCCGGGGCAGUGGUCUGAACCAAUCAGAAUCAAUGCUGAGUGGAGGCAGUGCGGGUCAACUCACUACAGGAGGGGGGGUCUACUUGCCAGACUACUCAGUGCGACAGCUCACAGACCUGCAGAUCAUCAAGAUCACCAGGAACCACUACCAGAACGCCCUCACAGCCACCCGGAUGGACAGCUCCCCUCAGACUCCAGACCCUCUGUAUUCUGAUGCUAAAGGGAGGCCUGCUGUCCCAGAGACCCGCUCACACAGCAUUGCCCUCCCCCUCACACACACACACACUCGGCUGGGGCUGGCACGCCUUGCACAUCUCCAUCCCCACGCUGGCCUUCGCAACACCUCCCAGCUCAAUGAGAGAAACCGCAUUGUUCGCAGCAAAUCUGACGGGCAGAGGAGUCCAAAUGAUACUGUGUUCCUCCGUUUGGACGAGAUUCCCUACAUCCACGAGGACCGGCCGGAAACUUAUGGAGAGAAUGACGUGCCUACAGAGUCUCAGCCCUUUGCCUCUCCCUUCAUCAGCUCUCUGUCUCUGUCCAGCUCAGAGGAGAACAUCGGGAAGAAGCUAUUGCGUAAAUUGAGUAACAAGAGGAGGAAAAAGUCUCGGGAUGGAGAAAACUGUUUGGAGGAAGGUUCAGAGCAGCCACCACUGACAAGCUAGCACAGUGACGCUGAGGAAGAGGGAUGAAGCUGCUUCCUCUUUAUCACUCACUCAUUGGGUUUUCCUUUCUAAACAAUCAACCUCUCAUAGACUCCCUCUGUGCUCCUGAAAAACCCUCACAGGAAACUGAGCCAUCUCAUGUGAUGUAGAUACACUCAGGACCCCAAUCGCACAUUGUCCCGCCACUGCCUGACUCCACACCCUUAAAAUGAUAAUAAGUGGAACAGAUCUGUAAAAAAACAACAACUUUAAUGUAUUACAUUUGGAAAAAAUCAAAACAAUAUAGUAUUGGAUUUUUCCAGCCUUACACUGGACUUAUCAAGGUUUCUAUCACGUUUUGUAGUAAACCGAGAACAACUUUUUAUGGUAGCUUUGUCCGUAAUGUUAACAUGUCAUCAUCUCAUUUAAGCCAUAUGGUCUCCACAAGGUCUCUCAAUAUGGAGCCUAACAAGGUCCUAAUGUAAUAUCUGAGCCAGUUUUACUUCAUCAAACAAUGAAUACAAGAGUUUUUAAUAUUUAUUUGUUAUUAUGAGGAAGUUCCCACAUACUGAUAAAGUUGUUUGCACAGGGAACUGUCCUAAUUUUGCCAUAAGGGUGCCACCUACUGCCAACAAUACCAGACACACUAGCCAUUGGUGAAGAGGUAACAACCACAAGACAAGAGCACAAUUUUUAUGCCAGAUUUAAAAAACACAAUUAUGAAAAAAGCCAUAAAUCAGCUUGAAUGACUACUUAUUGUAUACACUGACCUCUGAGCAAGUUCAAAGUGGUAUGCGCAAUUUUUAAAAAGACCAUUGCUUGAAAAAAAACCCAUUUAUUACCCGAUUUUUAUAUGAACGUUUUAGAAUUACCUAAAGUAAUUUGAAGAUAGCAAUAUAAGUCAUCUAACGUACUGUAAAUGUCUACAACAUGAACGCAUCCAUCACACAUUAUUGCAUGUGCCCUACAUACUGUACAGUCUGUCGUGUAUGUCCUCCCAUUUAAAUGUUCCCUUCUCACUGCAUUAUGUAGCUGUAUGGAGACAAUGUCUUUAUCAACAGAACACCCUUCCUUAGCCCCCUUUUCUCUAAAUGUAACCACCGUCUUUCGAAUAAUCAGCCUAUUGUUUCUUGCAUUCAGUAGAAGUAGUGGCAAUCGACUCUUCCCAUUAGCUGCCAAUCCUCUAUGUACAGUUCAUCUCACUUUAACAGCAUAUACCAAUUAAAAAUAAGCUAGGGGUUUUGCGUCUAUAGGGAUCCAAAUGGAUGUUAUGAGUAUUCUCCAGGAAAGAGUAGUUGCUACCUGCAUGUUUGUUAAUGCUGCUUUUACUGUAGAACCAUCCACUGUAGAAAGCCCUGCUAUCCAUAUGCAUGCUUAAGCCAAGGGAUGCAUGCAAAGGAAGAUCUGCAGUAACCUUUCCGCACAAAGGUGCGAUGUGUAACUUAUUAAAAUCCUACGAGAUAAUAGAAGUUUUAACGACAAAUGUAGAGAAAAAAAGUUAGGUGCAAUAAAUAUGGGGGAGACCAUACAAUGCUGCUUGUUGAAGAAAAAAAUAAAGAACUAAUUUUUCUAUAAAUAAUCUAUUAUUGCAAUAAUGAAAUAAUGAUUUGAUCCUUUUCAAAAUGCCAGAAGCAGCUGCAUCUCAGAAUGCACUAAGCUGCUAUGCGUUGGGAAAUCUUGGCAGGUACGCAAGAACAAGACAAAGAUAUGAAAGAGGAGAGCAAUAUGACACACACACACACACACACACACACACACACACACACACACACACACACACACACACACACACACACACACACACACACACACACACACACACACACACACACACACACACACACACACAUACACAUACACACCUUUAUGAGUACAAAGGAAUCUGCACUGCUAAGCUAUUCACAUUGACCCCUCAUUGCACACUAAACAUCCAAUCGGAAGUCAUUGGAUCCGAAAAACUGACUCAGUGAAAGAGGAUUUAUGUGAAUCAGAAAGUGUCUCAGCUAAAUGCUCACAUAGAUUGUGCAGUUAGUUAACACUGAUAUAUUUGUGAAUAAUUAUAUACUUUACUUAAAAAAGGCAACGAUGCAUUUUAUAAUGUAAAUCCAGAUGAUUAUAUAAGCGAGCGAAAGACAUGAGAAGACAUACCAUAAUGUUCUAAACAAGGGAUUUUAAAUGAUUA